CAAAUAGUAAACAAGAAAUUGGAAAAUAGUAAAAAAGAGAAAUUUAUAAAUAGUAAACAAAUUGAAAAAUACAAAAACAAAGAAUUUAUAAAUAGUAAAAAAAGAAAGGAAAGAAAAAUCGAAAAUGUCCGCCUACAAUAUUUUGCUCACCCACUGUCGAAGUAACAUGUAUUUAAUCGUCGGCAUUUGCCUCGGUCUCUCAAUGAGUUUACUCUUUGCACCGAUGGAAAUAAACGAUUGUGACGAUUUGGGGGAAACACUGCCAUUCCCAGCGAGGCAGGACUUCCAGGACGAUUACGAGCCGAAAAUUAAUGUCAACGACAAGCCGCAGAAGGCGCAAAAAACGCCAAAGUCCUUUAUACGUCCACGUUAUUAUUCCACGGAAUUGGGAAUAAGGGAAAAAUUAUUCGUCGGCAUUAUCGCAACACGUGAACAUCUCUACAGUCGAGGUGUUGCUCUCAAUAAAACAAUUUCUCAUCUUGUCGAUAAAAUGCGCUUUUUCAUAUCAAUACCCGAGGGAACAAAACCGAAUGUCACUUUACCGGGUAUUGUCGGUUUCACCGACACAAGAAAUUUGUUGAAACCAUUUCACGUUAUGAAGUAUAUUACUGAUAAUUAUCUCGAGGAUUAUGAUUACUUUUUUCUUAUUAAAGACACUGGUUUUGUGAAUGCGAGAAAAUUGCGCGAUUUCGUUGGGAAAUUGAGUGUCAGUCAGGAUAUUCAUUUGGGAAUCGGGAGCGAGGUGGAAAAUUAUUGUUCUCUAGAUGCUGGGAUUUUAUUGAGUAACUCAAUAGUCAAAGAGGUGAAAUCAAAUUUGGAUUGGUGUGUAAAAAACACAUUUUCCGACUCCGAUGAUGUUAACUUCGGUCGUUGUAUUUUGCGCGCAAUUCCCGUGCCUUGUGCAAAUUCCGCUCAGGGUGUGAAUUUUCACACGACAAAUUUGCCGGAGAAUUUUAAUUUUCAAACGGAUUUUCGCCAGUUGACAAAGGAGAAACACUUCGGGGAGACAAUAUCAAUUUUUCCCCUUUCAGAGCCAAAAGACGUUUAUAAAAUCAACGCCUACUUCACAUCGAUCGAAUUAUCAUCAGUGAAUCAGGAGAUAAAUCACCUUCGUCGCAAAAUAACCGAAACUUUCGACUUCGGUCCGGAAAAUCAAGAAAACAUGACGUGGCCAAUUGGAAAUCAACCUGGAAACAAGGCAAUGGGUCGUUUCGAUAUUUUGCAUUGGUCGUAUUUCAAUGAGACGCAUCUCUUCAUGAAGAACGACAUUGAAACACAACGUGAAUUGAGCGGAAGUCUAAAGCGUGAAAUUAAUCAGAUUCUCCACGCGGCAAUUAAUCAUGUUAUUGAAAAAUCGAAGGGAAAAUUGAUAUUCAAAAAUUUGCUGAACGGUUAUCGUAAAUUUGACGCCUCACGUGGUAUUGACUACAUUCUGGAUAUUAAUUUUACGACCAAUAGUCAGACGUUGAAGGAGGAGAGGAAGAAUUUUAUCAAGAGAAUCGAAAUUUGUAAACCGUUGGGAAAAGUGGAAAUAUUGCCAGUGCCGUACGUUACAGAAAAUUCGAGAAUUAACAUGAUUCUUAUUGUUGAUUCGUCGAGAAUUGUUGAGACGAUGAAGUUUUUGGAGCAUUUCGCCGAAAUUUGUUUGGAGAAAAAGGAUAAAGUCGUCUUGAUGAUGGUUUUGCUUUACGAUCCGAAUUCGGCGUCGAAGGGCAAAGACGACACUUUCUUCGAAUUGAAACGUAACGCACUGUCAUUGUCGGAGAAAUACAAGAAGGAUUUAGCGAAAGUCACUUGGCUGUCGAUUCGAUUGCCGUUCGCUUUUAAUUCGAUUGAAAUGGAACCUUUGCUGAAAAUCGCAAUUGCCGAUUUGGCAGUGAGAAAGUUUUCACCCGACAGUUUGAUACUUUUCAUCGAAUUGGGAAUGGAAAUAAGAACCGAUUAUCUCAAUCGUGUCCGAAUGAAUACGAUAAAUCAAUGGCAGGUCUUUAGUCCAAUUCCGUUUGUCGAAUUUCAUCCGGAUAUUAUUUACACUGAGAGUAAAAAUGUCGAGUUCGAUGUGAUUCGCAAUUUAGGACGUUAUAACGAUUUUAAUUUUAAUUCCGUUGGUUUUUACGCUAAGGACUACACAAACACUCGAAAAUUGAUUGAGGGAAAAGUUCCAAUUGUUCGAACGGACAAGGACAUUGCGAUGGUGAUAAAAUCGAAAACAUUAUUGGACUCAAUUUUCGAGAUGUUCGUCACAUACAGUGAAUUGCAUGCGUUUCGCGCCGUUGAGCCAAGCUUGAAAAUUCGUUACAAAAAUGUAAAUUGCAAUGGAACGAGGAGGGAGGAUAUUUUCGAAAACUGCAAAAAACAACAAAAUUUACAACUCGCUCAUCGUGGCGAAUUGACGAAAUUAAUUCUCGAAUACCAAAGUGAAUUGUGAGAUUAUUUUACAUAACUUCUAUUUUCGAUUUUGAGAUUUAUCGAAACAAAAAAAUACUCAACUUUUCCCGUUUAGUGAAAUUAUUAUAUAAUGGCAGGGCUCGAAUUAGUGAAAGUAUUUAAAAACAAAUUAAAUUUAAAUUUACAAACCUAGUUCGAGUCCUGUAUAGUAGUAUAAUUUUAUUACUUUUAGCACUCAGAUUUUAAUAUUAUCAAAAAGAAAAAACUGAUUUUAUUCAUAAAAAUG